AAAUAUUAUCAUAUGGAUAAGGGCUUAGCCCUAAUUCUACUCCUGAUUAAGAACUCAAUAUUAUUAGUUAAUAGGGUUUUAAUAUCUAAUAAAGAAACCCCAUAUUACAUAUUACAGAUCCUUCAAACAAAACUAGCUCCCACUAAUGAAUUAAGAAAACGUGAUAUUAUUAAGCAAUAUUAUAUGCUUAAAAAUCUGCAGAAUAAAUAUUUAAUUAAUUUAUAUAUUUUACUAUGGGAAAAUGUCUAUACCGAAGCAAAAUCACUUGAAAUAAGCGAAGUGAAU